CCGCUUCUCCUCAAUCCUCUCUUCUGCCGCCGCCGUCGAUCCUUCUCCUCCAAUCUCAGUCAAGCAGUGAUCCUCAAUCCGCCACUGUCCUGGACGAAUUCGAUGGCAUCGAAGAAGGCGUCGUCGAAACGGCCUGUCGAGAAGAAGAAAACGACGAGGAUCAGGAUCUCGACUUCCUCCGUCGACACUGGGGGCCUCUUUAGCAGUGAAGGAGGCUCGGAGGACUAUGAAGGCGAAGAAGAAACAGAGUUUGGCGCGCGCGACCUGGAGGAAGGACAGAUGAGGAGGGCGCAGGAGGAGGAGGAAGAAGGCGGCAGCGGCGGCGGAGAUUGGGUCGUCGGCACGGCUGUCACGGUUCUCGCAGUGGGUAAUGACGUGCAGGGUGGAAGGGAAAGUGAAGGAGAGCUACGCGGUGGUGAAGAGGUCGGAGGAUCCGAGAGAGGAUUUCAAGGCCCAGGAAAAUAUUUAUUCCAAAGAAGCUGAAAGAUAAGGCAAGAUAUUUUCCAUGGCGGACAUUAUAAGGGAUAAGGAGAUGUUCGAGGAGAAGGAUCUGCAGCAGCUGCUUUGGAAUAAUUUUUUUUUUUUUUUGUAGAAUGGAAUAAAUAUUUUGAAAACAC